UUGUGUCAGCGGCCAAACCGCCAGCCAAGUCCAGGUCAUAGUCAGCCUUUCGCAGAGCAUAACAGUCAUGGUUGCGGCUUAUGAAGCUCACGUUCCCGGUCUACAUGAAUCAUGUUCUGCGAAUCGACUGGACAAAAUACGGAAGCAAUUAGGUCGAUUGCUGUUACUAUUUGUUAGGGACUUUAUACUCCCGUACACAAAUGCAAGCGUAUAGGAAACAAUUAAAAUGAAUAUGCGAGCAUGACAGGAACUGGGGGAGUUGCGGAGACAGUUUACGAGAUGACAAGGUAACGUGACUCGGUGCUACAAACGCGUCCAGAUAAGCGUGGUCACUGGCCGGUGUUUGGCCAACAACGUCCACCAUGGCUACUGUAUAUCGUUCAAAUCGAUCACCUCUCAAUUCACCGCCUCGCAAAAGACAGCGUCUUUCCUCACCCGAUUACGAAGACCAGCUCAAUUUAAGCCAACAAGACCUUGAAAUCAUCAGCCAGAUAGAGCAGAGGCUUUCUCAGAAAAAUGUGUGCGAGGAAACAGUUUCAAAAUCCACAGGCGAAAAAGGGAGAAGUUCAACCUCAGAUUCAGACGAUCCUUUCAAUCCAGAAACCGCGACUGUUUCCAAUCCACCGUCAGGUUUCGGAUUUGCUUCGGUCUCCACCCUGACCCUUCCUCAGUCAGAUGACUGGAAUGAUGACAGAUUGUCACCAGAUCCAACAUUAGAAAAGGAUUACUCGGACUGGUUCGCGCCCGUCGAUGUCCCCAUGGGAUUUCAGACUGCGUCGGCUUCCUUUGCUCCAGCAUCUUCGAUUAGCGACAAGAAUGAAGCGCCAGUUGGUUUUCAGACUGCCAGCAAGAAAGGCAUUCUGGCACCUUCUAUGACUGCUUUGGCAAAGGCGAAGGCGAAAAUGAAGGAGCUAUGGGGAGAGGAUGUUUCUGAUAUUGGGGGCGAAAAUGCGUUUCGAAGUGCAUCUACUUUCAAUAAUGCCGUUGACGCCUCUCAGCGUGGGCCUUUGUGCUCCCUCGAAAAUGCGUGCAGAACACCGGAGACCCCAUGUCCACCUGCUGUUCUUCGACCGCCGGUCGCAAAUGCCGCCUCCUUGCCACUAUUCCCGUCUACUGCUUUCCAAUCACCCCUGCUCGGAAAGGCAACGGAAAAGCACAAACCCAAACAGUUUAAAUCACCUUUGUCAGUGCCCGGCAAGCAGCACGUUACCAUUUCUCCACUUCCUCGAAAUAAUGUUCCACCCUCCCCGUCUCAAGCCUCGUUUAAUUCUGCACGGUCACGACAUCCCCUUUCACCUGUUUCGAGUGUUGCGUUGCAGACUCCGGUAAAGUCGAAAUCGAUUGGAAGCUCUUCAGGGUUGUGGAGCACCACCGCCCGAACAACCCCUGCUCGUUUUGUUACGCCUUUCAAGCCCGGUAUGAAGCCAGGUGAAUCUGGUCGUCAAGCCUUGGAGAAUAAGACAGUAGCAUCGACCUCCAAGACAUCUACUCCAGCAGCUGUUCCAGCCCCGCCCAAGAGACGGAAAAUAUUGUUCGAUUUGAACGUCUCUCUGGAUCGCAAACGUUUGAUAACCUCUGGCCUCGUACCUCAGCGUUUCACGCGGGACGAAUUGGAAUCAUUCGACCUCGAUUAUGAAGAGCUUUCUCAAGUCAACCUUCAAACUGCUCGGUAUUACUCCUUUUAUUGUAGCAAUCCGGAACCAGAAUGUUCUGAGCCUCCUCCAUUCUCGAUUUACUCAACCACGACCCCAAAUUUUGGCCCAGAACAUGCUUGGGAGCGACUGACUGCUAUGGGGUGUGGUCUGGCGUCGAAAGAUUGGGUUUUCAAUCACUGGUGUCUUAUUCUCUGGAAACUGGCUGGAAUGGUUGCGCUCGAUCCAGAAACCGAAGCAGAUGGAGAAAAGCGACGAUGGUCAUGGGAGGAGAUCUGGAAUCAGCUGCUCUACCGGUAUGAACGUGAACUUAACAUGGGAAUGCGACCUCCUCUCAGAAGGAUCACUACGCAAGAUAGCCCAGCCUCCUGCCCCAUGAUAUUAUGCGUAUCGAAUAUUUUCUGGCCUAAAGCUGAAGCGGCCAAUGGUCAGGAAAUUACACCUCACCCGGAACUAGAAGUGACGGACGGGUGGUAUAAGCUACGCGCUGCGAUAGAUGCGCCACUUGCCCGUGCAGUCAAGAAGGGAACCCUCCGAAUCGGGCGGAAGAUAGCCACGGCUGGCGCUAGAUUUGAUAGUGAGCGCAAGGACGGGGUCGAAGUCCUGGAGGCGUACACUUCAUGCAAGUUCAUCCUGAACGGGAAUGCAUCACAUUUAGCUCCUUGGCACGCUAAACUCGGGUUCCAGACAGGACCUUACAUCGCGACUCUUCGCAGCCUGACAGCAGAUGGAGGGAUGGUGCCCGUUAUGGACCUCAUCGUGACAAAAGUCAUAGCCAUCGCGUUUUGGGAAUCUUGGACGGACGAGAAAGGGCAGAAGCGUAGUGGUGGACCAAGGAAUGAAGCAGACGAGGCGAAGUGUAUAGAGCAAUGGAAAGCUAAACGACAAGCUGCUGAAGCCAAACUCCGUGAUGAACACGAGAAACAGGUUCACAGGUAUUUGGGAUAUGCGGAUCGGUUAGAGCGUAAGGCGGGAGGUCCGCUUCGGGGUGAAGAGCCUCCGGACUCAGUCGAAAGCUUGUAUGACGAGUUGGAGGAACCCGAGGAUGUAGGAACAGUGAUUUCCAAAGCUACAGCCCACGAGGCCGGAUGGUUAGCUAGAUUUAUCCGUGAAAAGAUAGAGAAAGGGCAAGAGACGAUACGGGAUGAGAUUGAUAGGGAGUUGGAUGAUAUCUGCCCGCCACGAAACACCAGAAGCUUCAGAGUGAUAUUCGUGCGGGACGCGCAAAGUAAUAGGCGCGCUGCCAAUCGAACGGCGCAGUUGACUAUCUGGGAUGUCCUCAACGUCCAAUUAAACGAGGGAAAGCCCCCAGGGUAUUUUGAGCCUGGUUACAGAUGUAUCGUGACGAACUUGAUGCCAACUAAACAGAGAGCAUGGAUGGAGCAUGAGCCGGGAGAUGAAGUAUAUUUGGUAUCGACGAGAGCAACGAAGUGGCAAAGGGUGAAAUCUUAACCAAUGCUGUUUCACUGAUUGCCGAUUUCGAUCUGCACU